CAGCAUGUGGAGUCCAAACGAAAGGAAAGUUCCGCGGCCGCGAAGAGAGUUCAGAUCGCCCGCGCACGGGGAGGGCGCCUAAAAUUCAAUUCGGGCGCUCCAAACGGCGAGCGGGCGGUGCCGGUCCACGUGCACAGCCCGCCGGUUCUCCACCUCAUCGCCCCGCCGAACCGAACUGAACUGAACUGGUCCAUUCUCAUAAUAUCCCAAGCGCUGCUCCUCUCUCGAAUGGCAGUGCGGCACCGCGUUGCUACGUGACGCCACUCUCCUCCUCCUCCUCCUCCUCCUCCUCCUCCCUGCUCUUCCCGCCGCUUCGCUAUGUCCCUCCUCGCGCUAAGCCGAGCUUGGACUUCGCUUCGGCCCGCAUUACCUGGAUUUUAGAAGGAUCGCGCUCUGAAUUGAACUCUCGGAAAAACCCAAUCCGGCGCGCGAUAGGUUUUGGCAGGUUGUUGGGGGCCUGGCUCGUGGAAGAUUUCGUCGCGACGCUCGGAGAAAUCGAAAGGUGCUCGCCGUGGGUGGUGAGAACUGAGGUUCGAGCGUUGAAUUGAGGAAUCACCCCGGCUUUGCGGGUUUUUCUGGGCGAGCGAAGCCAAGGCAGCAUGCUGGGUGAGGAUCUUUGGACCGACGGACUCAUUUGUGCUUUCGAGUUCAUACGGGGCAGAAGGAGAACGAGCCAUUCCCAGCCUGGUUUCAAGUUGCAGACUGCAUCGCAAGCCGGGAGGCAGGUGACAAAGAAUCGCGGGUCUGGACGUCCGCCCAGUGUUGCAUUCCACGGCCAGGACGGCGGCCUUAGUGACAGGUCCUUUCCGGUGAACAGAAACGACACGUCAGGCGACCUUGAUUCUGGCCGUUGCCAUGCUCUGGAGGAAUUUCAAGGGGGUCAUUGGGUGCCAAUUGGCUGGGUUAGAAUACAUGAACUCGUCCAGACCGUGAAAGCUGAUUCUGGCUGGGCUUCGGUGCCCAUGGACUUUGGGGAUAGCGAAGAUGAUGUCACGGUUGCGGACUUAGCAACUCCAUACUGGGAGAGGCCAGUGGGCCCCACUUGGUGGUGCCAUGUAGCCGCAGAUCACCCAUUUGUCAAAUCAUGGUUGACCAAUGCACUGUGGCUACAUCCUGCCAUAAGUAUUGCCCUGCGCGAUGAAAGUAGGCUGAUAAGUGAACGAAUGAAGCACCUUCUCUAUGAGGUUCCGGUUAGAGUUGCUGGUGGCCUUCUAUUUGAGCUGUUGGGGCAGUCGGCUGGUGAUCCAUCAUGCGAUGAAGAUGACAUCCCAAUUGUUUUACGGUCAUGGCAGGCUCAAAAUUUUUUAAUUACAUCACUGCACAUCAAAGGGUCUGCUGCCGUUAUUAACAUAUUGGGUAUUUCAGAAGUUCAGGAACUGCUUGCUGCUGGAGGUUCUAACAUCCCACAAAGCAUUCAUGAGGUUGUGGCACAUCUUUUCUGUCGCCUAGCACGAUGGGAUGACAGAUUAUUCCGCAAAAACAUCUUCGGUGCAGCUGAUGAAAUCGAAUUGAUGUUUAUGAACAGGAGAACCCUUGAAGACAUGCAUUUAUUUACGAUAAUUUUAAAUCAAGAGAUCCGAAGGUUAUCAACCCAGGUCAUUAGAGUCAAAUGGUCACUUCAUGCAAGAGAGGAAAUAGUAUUUGAGCUUCUUCAACACUUGAGAGGGAAUGCUGCACGGAACUUGCUAGAAAGCAUACAAAAGAGCACGAGGGAAAUGAUUGAGGAACAAGAAGCAGUCCGUGGCCGGCUAUUUACGAUUCAAGAUGUCAUGCAGAGUACAGUUCGUGCAUGGUUACAGGAUAAGAGCCUCACUGUUACACACAAUCUAGGAGUUUUUGGAGGUUGUGGUCUUGUCCUAUCUAUCAUCACUGGACUUUUUGGAAUCAAUGUAGAUGGGAUGCCAGGAUCAGAUAAGUCGCCUUAUGCAUUUGCUCUAUUUUCUUGCUUCCUGCUCUUUCUGGGAGCUGCAUUGAUCGCCAUUGGUCUCCUAUACCUUGGCUUAAAGAAUCCCAUUGUUGAGGAGGAUGUUGAGGUUAGAAAGUUGGAGCUUCAGGAGCUGGUCCAAAUGUUUCAGCAUGAAGCAGAAUCUCACGCCCAAGUUCGCACCAAAAAGAAUGUACCUCCUACUGCUGCAGAUCUACUCCCAAAUGGUGCAGGUUAUAUUCUCCUCAGCUGAAAACAUAACAUCAAGGUGUCGUGAUCAGAGACAACUAACAAAUGGACAAAUAUGCCAUAGAUAUUUCUUAGAUUCAUGAGCUACUACUAGUGACUCUUCGCUAUCUGAAGCUUUUAGCCUAAACCCCAGAUGCAUCUCCUCGAGAAGGAUUAAGGCGUUCUAUUUUAUCUGGCCUGCGUUGGCAUACAGGCAGUGAAUUGCCUAUGCGUAAUUUGUUUCCUUUUCAACCUUCUUAGUGCAGUUACCCCAAUGCGAUUCCAUGAAAAAGUGCAGUUCUCGACCCUCCAUUCAGAGUAGCUUUUCCACUUUGAGUUUCAAGAGGAGUAGACACGAGAGAGCGGUGGCAAGUCAUAACCAAAUUAUGUACGAGACUGUUUUGAUGGUCCGAGAUUAUGCUGAUUAUGAACAAGUCUGGAAAUUUAUCCGGCUUUUCUUUCUCUGA